UGCUGCUCCGCUCAGCUCCUGCCGUAUAUAUACACAUCCCGUCGACUGUAGGGCCAUCUGACCGUUUCCCACCACCGCCAAUUCCAACAUUCGCUCUCUCUCCAACCGCCCGGCAGCAAUUUCUUGAGCUGCCCACUAGCACCACCACUCCCACCACCACACACCACACCGCUAGCAUGAAAGCCAUCAUUCUCGUUGGAGGGUUUGGAACCCGUCUGCGCCCUCUGACGCUCACAUACCCCAAGCCGCUUGUCGAGUUUGCCAACAAGCCCAUGAUCCAGCAUCAGAUCGAGGCGCUGGCGUCGGCUGGCGUCACCGACGUUGUGCUGGCUGUGAACUACCGCCCCGAGAUCAUGGCUGAGGCACUGAAGACAUACGAGAAGCAGUACAACGUCAAGAUCGAGUUCUCCGUCGAGACAGAGCCCCUCUGGCACCGCUGGCCCGCUCAAGCUUGCCGAGCGCAUCCUGGGCAAGGACGACUCGCCCUUCUUCGUCCUCAACGCCGACGUCACCUGCGACUACCCCUUCAAGCAGCUCGCCGAAUUCCACAAGCAGCACGGCGGAGAGGGCACCAUUGUCGUCACCAAGGUCGAGGAGCCGUCCAAGUACGGUGUCGUGGUGCACAAGCCCGGCCACGCCUCGAUGAUCGACCGCUUCGUUGAGAAGCCCGUCGAAUUCGUCGGCAACCGCAUCAACGCCGGCAUCUACAUCCUAAACCCCAGCGUCCUGCAGCGCAUUGAGCUGCGCCCCACCUCAAUCGAGCAGGAGACGUUCCCCGCCAUUGUCAAGGACGGCUUGCUGCAUUCAUUCGACCUGGAGGGCUUCUGGAUGGACGUUGGUCAGCCCAAGGACUUCCUCUCUGGCACCUGCCUAUACCUCUCUUCGCUAUCGCGCAAGAACUCGAAGCUACUCACCCCAGCCUCGGAGCCCUUCGUCUACGGCGGCAAUGUCCUGAUCGACCCUUCAGCAAAGAUUGGCAAGAAUUGCCGUAUCGGCCCCAACGUCACCAUUGGCCCCAAUGUCGUAAUUGGCGACGGCGUGCGUCUCCAGCGCUGCGUCAUCCUGAAGAACAGCCGCGUCAAGGACCACGCCUGGGUCAAAUCGACCAUUGUCGGCUGGAACAGCACUGUCGGCAAGUGGGCUCGUCUGGAGAACGUCACUGUGCUCGGUGACGACGUUUCCAUUGGCGAUGAGGUCUACGUCAACGGUGGUUCCGUCUUGCCCCACAAGUCGAUCAAGCAGAACGUUGAUACUCCCUCCAUCAUUAUGUAAAACCCCUUUGACAUUACGAAUACCCGAUCGGGCAGCGCCGACCUUUAGAGCUUUUAAUCACUUUGUCUCUUCUUGUAUAUCCUGCUCGCAUGAUUUGGGCGUAGCUGCGUUACAGACUGCAGAUUCGGUCACGGCGUCUCAUCUUCUCUUCUCCCCACACUUGACGUGGGUCAUAAAAGCGAGCAGGUUCGGCAGAUGUAAAAUGGUUCCAGGACAGUAUGUAUUUGCAAGCCAUCUGUAUUGCGAAAACGAAUGAUACGAAUUCAACUAUCUCUCAGUGAGCAACUCCUGGAAA